GGCUAACUAUGGCGGCUACAUCAACGCCAGGAGUGUCGGAUCAAACAACCAAAACAUCCCCAGUACCGAUUCCUUUUGACUUUUCCCAACCUCCGAUUAUCGAGGGGUUUACGCCGCCACCGAGGAUAAAAGAAGAGACUUUCCAAGAGAAAUUUAUCAGAAAGACUAAGGAAAAUCCAUUUGUCCCAAUAGGAUGUUUGGGGACAGCGGGGGCUCUGCUCUAUGGUCUUCGUGCCUUCAGUCUUGGGAAAACCAGACAAUCUCAGCUGCUCAUGAGGGGUCGUAUAUUUGCCCAAGGCUUUACUGUAGUUGCGAUUGUUGUUGGCGUGUUUGCCACAGCUUUGAAGCCCAAGCAGUGAAAUGCACCGUGACAAAGACAAUAUGAAUCUAACACACCAAAAUAUGUAACCGCUACUUUAUUUAUAAUACAUCAGAAUACAAGUGUUGUAAAUUGCCAUGUCCACAUAUUACAGACUGUUAUGUCUCAUCUAUUCAACAGUUGGGAAGUAAACCAUAUAACAAAACAUCUUGCUUGUUUUUAAACUGAAUAUUGUGCGUGUGUGUGCGCGAGUGUUUUUGUAAGUGUGUAAGCAAUUUCCCUUAUGGAUCAUUAAAGUUGGUCUAAGUUUUACAAAUGUAGCCACACAACUACUGAAAGUUUUAGAGGCUAAAUUAAAUGUUAAGUCA